ACUUCGCGUUUGCGCAGCGCGUAUGCCGUGUGUUUUUAGAUGAGCACGAUCCAGAAACGCGCACAAUUCAACAUUACAAGUUCAACUGCCUGACUAACUGUAUAGCAAAAUAGGAAACUGCAGACUGAAACGUGAUCUCUUUAGAAAAAAAAUUAUUCGGAUGCCAUCUCGUUAAAUUACUGCUAGUUAGCUAGCUAGCCAGUCAGCAAUUUGCUUCGUCAUAACAUCUUAGGAGUCGAUGUAAACACAACUCGCAUUCACAACAAACAGCGAAAUGAACCAGCUAGCUUGCUAACAGGUAAGGUGAUUGGAGGGACAGUGUUGCAAAAUAAAUAAAAUAACAAUGCUGACAGAGGCCAAAGAUUCAGAGAGAUGGACAGAGUUGAAGGAGGCAGUAGAUGCAUGUGUAGAUACCUCUGGGCCUGGCACUGAUGCAGCCUGCACUGAAACCACUGGGCCCAGCAAUGACGCAGCUUCUGUGAAGGGUGAGGCACAGAAACCAGAGUGUGUGGCAACAAGCCAGCCUUGCAUUGUGCCACUGGGCUGGAUGAAAACUGUGAAACAGCGGAAGACAGGGAAAACUGCAGGCAAAAUGGACGUCUACAUAAUAAGUCCCCAGGGUCAAACUUUCAGGUCAAAGUCAGCACUGAAGAGGUUUCUUCACAACAAUGAAGAGUUGAGCCUUUGUUUGGCUGACUUUGACUUCACAGUGCAUGGCAGCUGCACCAUGGCAUGUGCGACAGAGAGAAAAGGACGAUACUCAAAGCAUUGGGACCGCACGGGCGAAACAUCGGCAAGCGCUCAAUCGGACCUGUCCGUCAAGGAGGACACAGCAAACGGUGUUGGAGGCUUACCUUCAGCGAAACCCAGAAAGGCUGAAGACGCCACUGCAGCGCAGGAGAAGAGUGAAGGCAGAGACGCUGGUCAAACAAACAGGAGUGGUGGUGGGGUCACACAGAACCGGAAACGACCUGCUUCCAGUGACCAUGAAGCAGACCGCACCUCAGACACAGAUGAGAGAGGCAUGACCGGACAGUUUCUCAGUGGGAUCCAGGAGGGAACGGAAGGAUGCGGGCCAGCAGUGUGCGACACUGAAAAGAGCCCCCAGAGAAGUGGGCUGCUGCGGAAGAAAUUACUGAAGCUGGCCCAAGCCGCAGAUCCAGAGCUCUGUGGCCCUCAGCAAACCACCUUAGAGACAUCAGAGCCUGAGAGUUCCCUCCCAGAACUCCCUGUCAGAAUAACUGUGACAGAGCCUGCCUUGGACAGUGAGACUGAAACUGAGAUAGACACAGCAGCCAACUCCACGUCUGAGGCACUGCAUGAAGGCCUGCUCUCUCCCGGUCAAGGCAUGGGCUUCUCUACUCCAGGAAAACAGUGUCAGAGCAGCCCUGGGUCCAAGGCACAGACUGAGAGAAAGAAAACAAGCCCCUACUUCAGUGGGAAGUUGGCUAAAGAAGCUCCGAGUCCUCCCAGACGCAAGGCCUAUAGGAAGUGGACUCCGCCACGCUCCCCUUUCAACCUGGUGCAGGAGACACUCUUUCAUGACCCCUGGAAGCUCCUGGUUGCCACCAUCUUCCUCAACAAGACCAGUGGUAAGAUGGCUAUCCCAGUGCUCUGGCAGUUUUUUGACCGCUACCCAUCUCCUGAAGUGACCCGUCAGAGCGACUGGAAGCCUAUAGCUGAGCUCCUGAAAUCUCUGGGCCUGAAUGAGCUCAGAGCCAAAAUCCUCAUCAGGUUUUCUGAUGAAUAUCUGAGCAAGCAGUGGCGUUACCCCAUUGAGCUGCAUGGCAUCGGAAAGUAUGGCAAUGACUCCUACAGAAUCUUUUGCAUUGGGGAAUGGAGGCAGGUCAGCCCUCAAGAUCACAAGCUGAACAAAUACCAUGACUGGCUGUGUGAGAAUCAAGAGAAACUGGGAAUCUGAUUCUGGGGAACAAUGAUGAAUUAUGAAGAAAUGCUUUGAAUCAAUAUGCUAACACAUCGGCCAUUCCCCAUGUAUGAAUGAAGCUUGACACCCCAGUACUGAUCUGCACUUCCCUUAUUGCUUAUAUAGGGUUGUAUAUCAAAGUUUUCUUGAGUUUUAAAAAAAAACACUGAAGUCUAUCAAGAUCUAAAAUGCCUAGGAAACAAUAUCCUGUAUGCCUGUUGGUGUAUAUUGUAUUUUGUGAUUACCUGAAAUCAUUGUAUAAACAAAGCUUCUUCGUGUUUUCAUUUUGGCAUUUAUUUUUCUUAUUAAUGUUUGUAAAUGCUGCCAUAAUGGAUAAUAAAGUAAAAUAGAUUUUAGUCA